GACCCUGGGGAGCCCGGGAAGAACGUGGGGUGGAGGGCUCGCUCCUCAUGCGUUCCUUCUAGAAGCAUCUGGGCAGCGCUUUACACUGCGUCCCAGGCGACCGUCUAGGGCUUUAGGUCCAAGUGUCGAGCUGCUUAAAAUGCGCAUUCCCAGGCCCUCCCCAGGGACCGGGCUCCCACUGGAUCUCGGGGAGCAGCAUUUGUAAUGCACGCUGCUGCGGCUGCUGCGUUCCUUGCUGGGGAGCACUGUCUAGGGACUCAUGGGGAUCGGAGCUGCAGGAAGUGAAGGGGGGCGGAGGGGACUGGGCAGGGGAGAGAUGGCCAAGAGGGUGACCUGGGGACCCACACGUGGACCAGACAUCCUGCCGCUCCGCCUCCACACAUGGGGGAGCACCAGUGGACCCCUCCCCCCAAGUCGCCAGGUACCACAUUUUGGUAAGAAGGGAGCUGUGCUCUGAGGUGCUCAUCAGCAAGGUGUUUAUUCACCAUGCGGGUGGCCCCAGCAGCUCAGUCCAGCUGCCCCCAGAUCCACCUGCUGUGGGGCCAGCUCAGCCCCAGGUGGGCCAGCAGGAGACACCGAGGCUUAGAGCCCCGGCUCCAGGCAGGUUACCCCAGCCCCCUCGGUGUGAAAUGCAACCCCGAUAUCCACUCUGCAGAAUUGCCACUUCCCAUUCACCCUGAACCUUGGGGACAGCCAAGGGACGGGGUGGACCUGUUCAUCUUGGCUCGGCCCCAGUGCCAGGGUGGCCGAAGCUCCUUGGCCAGCCUCACUUUGCUCUCUGGACAAAUGGGAGCUGCGGUUCUGGGCCUGGUGGCCAAGCGUGAACAAGGAUGCGGGCGCCUCUUGCUCUGCGCCGCUGCCCAGGCCCAGGAGGGACGGGGACCGGGGAGUUCCCUUGGGGCCCAUCCCACGGACGGAGGGCCCCUGCCGACAGAGGGCCCCUGCCGCCAGCACGUGCUUCCUGGAGGUCAGCCGCGCACCCGCUGCUGGUGCGGCUCUGGGUCAGGUGCCGGUGGGUUCCCAGCACCCAGGCCGUGGGUGCAGAAAUAUCAGUAGCCAAGCAGUGGAGGGUUUCCAGGGAAACGAGAGGAGUGUCUGGGCACCCCGGGAUGAGCCACCUCUCCGACACCUGUGCCCAGAUGCCACUUGCGCCCCACCCCCGUCCAGUCAGCAGGCUGAGGAAGGGAGCUCUGUGGGGUGGGGGGCGCCUGGACUCCAGAACUCAGGAGGUGCCAGGACCCAGAGCUUGGACGCCGGCGUCAGAGGCCGCCUCCAUCCCCGGCCACCUGCUGGCUCUGUGGCCUUGAGUAAGCUCCAAAGCCCGGGGCCUCAGUUUCUCCUUGUGGGUGACAUGAACAGCAGUACCCCCUUUCUGGGAGGUGGCUCCCCCUCUGUCUUGAGCAUUUUAUUCUCACAGCCACCCCAUCUCUGCGGCUCAGGCCGCUUGCUCCUGCGUCAUGUUUGUCUCUGGGACAGUGAGCCCCUGUAGCCCCUGUCACUCAGCCAACGCAAUUGGCGGUUGCCCUGGCAACAGCUCAAGCAGUGGCUGCUCCCCUGGCUUUAGGGGGCCGCGGGGGUAGCAGCCUCCUCCCCACAGCUAGAGAAGGGAAGGGGGGCCUGAUGCCCGGCCCCCUGGAACCUCACUGCUGACGGUAGGGGCGACAGCUUCUAGGCCUACCUGGCCACCUGCGGCGCCCCCCUCCGCACGCCCCCCAUCUUUGCAGGGAGGCUCCCAGGGGCAGGCAGUGGCCAGUCUGAGGGAGGCGGGGCCUCGUUUCAGGGUGUGAGCCAGCUGCCCAUCUGUCCCCAGCUCUUGGGUCUGGUCAGGUGAGCCCCUCUGAGCCCACCAUUCCCCCGGGGCCCCAUAGGGCUAAAGUUGGAGCGUCAGGAACCAGGUGCUGUCUGUGGGGUGGCCUGAGCUGGUCAGGGGAACAGAGCAGGGAUGGCAGCCCCGGGGCCACUGAAAGACAGACAGACAACUGGGAGACCUGCAGGCUGCGGGCAUGGUCCGUGGACAGUGGGCACAGCCUGGGUCUAACCUGGCUCUGCCCCUGCCGACUUCCCCGUGAGAUCCGGGGCAGGUACAGUUGGAUCCAGCCAAGUCCCCAUUUCCUACACCGUCAAGUGAAACGAUGUCCCCUGCACGGGCUGUGCCUGGCCUAGAGGUACCCUCCAUGAUGGGCAAGUGAGCACCGCUGAGGGGGCCAGGGCGGCCAGUCCAAAGGCCCUGUGGUACACCUGGGGAGGGUGACAUGUCCUUUACGCCAGAGGCUGGCUGCCAAGCCUGGGGCAGGGCGGCCAAGGGGCGGGCACCGAGUGGCAAAGUCAGCGUGGCGAGGGGGUCAGCCCUGAUGGCUUCCAACGGGGGCGCAGGGAGACCACCCUGGGGCUUUGGGGGAGGCACAGGCUGUUGCCCGACCCAGUGGAGCGAUGGGUGCCUGGGCCGGGCAGUGCCAUGAGGAGAACGGCUCCCAGCAGCUUAGCUGUCUCCCGCCCUUCCUCCUGGGGUCUGCAAGGGACCCCGAGGCCCCCCGGAGGUGUGCAGGCAUAACGGGGAGCUGGCCUUCCUCCCUGGUGCAGGUGGGCAGGGCCAGGAGAGACUGGGCAGUGACACUCCUCAGGGCAGUCCCAUGGGCUGUUCCCCAUUCCUUGGAGAGGCUCCCCUGAGGUCACCGGCUCAGCUCCUCCCCGGGCUGCAGCCAUGCAGUCCACGCCCGUUCGCACGGAGCAGAGGGGCCAGGCCUGAGCUGGCCUCAGGAGGCCCCCCGACAAGGCCCUGCUCUGUCCCUGCCGCAAGGACACCACUGUGGCUCGGUUUCCAUGACGACGUGGGGCAGUUUCACAGAUGGGGAGGGAGACGGAGUGGUGGCCCUGCACCCCAAACUUCUUGAAGGGGCAGGAUUUGCAGCACAUUUUCAUUUCUACUGACUACAGGGAGUGUGCUCUUCUCUGCAAGGUGGGCCCAGGAGAGAGGAUGGGGCGUUGCCCCUGAACGUGCUUGGUGGGCAAGGACCCCCAGCGACCCUCCGUGCUGGCCACUCAGGGUCCUGGGGUCCCCAGGCAGGCCCCAGGCACAGUGGCCUCUUCUUGCCCCAGCUCCUCUGCAGGACAAGGACUCCGGGGUCCCGGGGAGAGCUUUGCCUGCCCUGGCUCCAGAAGGGACCAUACAGGCUGGGUGACCCGGGCACCACUCCCCCACGACUCUGUCCCCUUAGCAAAGCCCCCAGGAGACACAGGCCCCUGCUGUGGCACAGCCAGGGGUCCCAGUCCUGGCUGGGUGGCAGGGGGGAGUGUGGCCCUGGGCGCAGCGGGAUCCAGCAGCUCCCAGCGAUGGAGCGCAGACUGGACUGUACCGUCACCUCUCUCAUCCCCGUCUCGUCCCCAAAACGACCCUGCAAGGAUGCCCCAUUGUGUAGAUGGGUCGUGAAGACUUAGACCAAGGGACCAGCCCCAGGUCCCCACCAUGACGACGUUGCUGGAGAUCAAGAGCAGCGUGCUCAGGCAGGUGCAGGUGUGCCCAUCCUUCCGGCGGAGGCCCGAGGGAGAGCCAGGGAGCACCGGCACCGACCCCCAGGAGCCUGCCGCAGGGGCUUGGAAACCCGGUGAUGGCGUGGAGUUCUUCGCUCAGAUGCGCCUCAUCCUCAAGAAGGGGGAAGGCCGACAGGGCCUGCCGUGCCCCGAGGUCCUGUUGCGCAGCGGGGCACCAGCCCCUGCCGAGCCUGUGGACCCCAACCGUGGCCUGAGAGUCCUAACCCAGGAGGAGGUGGAGAUGCUGUACGAGGAAGCCUUGUACACAGUGCUUUACCGCGCGGGGACCAUGGGCCCCGACCAGGUGGAUGACCAGGAGACCCUACUGGGCUACCUGCAGCAGGUGUUUGGUACCAGCCCCGAGGAGCACGCUGAGGCCAUUGAGCGUGUGAAGAAGGCCAAGGCCCCCACAUACGCCCUGAAAGUCUCCGUCGUGCGUGCCAAGAACCUGCUGGCCAAAGACCCCAAUGGCUUCAGUGACCCAUACUGCAUGUUGGGCAUCCUGCCGGCCUCGGGCACCCCCCGGGAGCCGGGUUCACACAAGGAGCAGCGCUUCAGCUUCCGCAAAGGCAGUAAGCGGGGAGGGCCCCUGCCGGCCAAGUGCAUCCAGGUCACCGAGGUCAAGAGCAGCACCCUGAACCCUGUGUGGAAGGAGAACUUCCUCUUUGAGAUCGAGGAUGUGAGCAUGGACCAGCUACACCUGGACAUCUGGGACCAUGAUGAUGAUGUGUCCCUGGUGGAAGCGUGCAGGAAGCUGAACGAAGUCAUCGGCCUGAAGGGCAUGAGCAGGUAUUUCAAACAGAUUGUCAAGUCGGCCCGUGCCAACGGGACAGCAGGACCCACGGACGACCACACGGAUGACUUCCUGGGGUGUCUCAACAUACCCAUCCGGGAGGUGCCCGUGGCGGGUGAAGACCGCUGGUUCAAGCUGGAACCGCGCUCCAGCGCCUCCCGGGUGCAGGGAGACUGCCAGCUGGUCCUCAAACUGAUCACCACACAGAGGGACACGGCCAUGAGCCGGCGCGGGCGCUCAGGCUUCCUGUCCUACAUGCUGCUGCUCGGCCGGCUGCUGCAGUUCGAGCACCGACCCGAGGAGCGCAACUCGAGCAGCUGGCGCGGAGAGCUCAGCGGGCCCGCGGCCACCGUGCUCUGCCUCCACGGCGCGCAGAACAACCUGUCUGCGCUGCAGCUGGCGGUGCUGCACUGGGAGGUGAGCAGCCGUCACCAUCAGACCUGCACGCUGGACUACGGCUACCUGCUGGGGCUGCUGGAGGACAUGCAGGCACACUGGGAGGAGGCGUCCUCCCUGCCCCAAGAGCAGGAGAAGAGCCUGGCUGACAGCUUCUCUGCCUUCUGCGAGUUUGGGCUGCAGCUGCUGGGCCAGCUCCGAGACUACUUCCCAGCCACCAACAGCACCGCUGUCUACCGCCUGGAGCUGCUGCUGAAGUGUCUCAGCAAGAUGCAGGUCUUCCAGCUGUCCUUCGAAAUCUGCCCCUUUGAGGCAGAGCUGAACAUGGACAUCGCUGCUGCUCUGAAGAGAGGCAACCGCGAGUGGUAUGACAGGCUCCUGAACACCAAAAGUCCUCACGAGCAGCCAGGGCCCCAGCGCCUCGCCGGCCUGGUGGAGCUGGCUGACGCCGUCUACGAGGACCUGCAGGCCUGCUACGGCAUCUACGCCAGCCUCUUCCACAGCAUCGCGGAGAUCGACUUCUUCACCCUCACCUUCCGGCAGCUGGAGCGUCUGGUGGCCGAGGAGGCAUGGGUGCUGACAGAGGAGCUGAGCCCCAAGAUGAGCCUGGAGGUGGCCUCGGGGCUCUUCGAGCUGUACCUGACCCUGGCAGACAUUCAGCGCUUCUGGAGCAGCAUCCCCGGCCGUGACAGCCGCUCCCUUGCUCUGGCCGGCAUCCAUGCCCCCUUCCUGCCCGCCGUGAAGCUCUGGCUGCAGGUGCUGCGAGACCAGUCCAGGUGGAGACUUCAGGGAGCUGUGGAUGUGGACACACUGGAGCCCAUGGAUGUCUCCUCUAAGCACAGCAGCUCCGCAGCCACUGCUAGCCUCUGCUUCAGUCACAUCCAGGAGCUGUGGGCCCGCCUGGCAUGGCCAGACCCUGUGCAGGCCCAGGCGCUGGGGACCCAGCUCAGCCAGGACCUGUGCGAGGCCACCCUCUUCUACACUGAGCUGUUGCGGAAGAAGGUGGACACUCAGCCUGGGCCCGCAGGCGAGGCAGUGAGCGAGCCGCUCUGUGUGGUCCUCAACAACGUGGAGCUCCUCCGCAAGGCCGCGGGGCAAGUGCUGCGGGGGCUGGCGUGGCCGGAGGCGCCCUCGGCACUGGAGGGCGGCCUCCCACGCCCUUUGCUCAGCUGUACGCAGGCCCUGGAUGAGGACCUGCAGCAGGAGGUCCACACCGUGACAGCGCACCUGACCUCCAAGAUGGUGGCCGACAUCAGGAAGUAUGUGCAGCACAUCAGCCUGUCGCCCGACUCCAUCCAGAAUGAGGAGGCCGUGGCCCCGCUCCUGAAGUACCUGGACGAGAAGCUGGCCCUGCUGAAUGCCUCGCUGGUGAAGGAGAACCUAAGCAGGGUGCUGGAGGCCCUCUGGGAGCUGCUCCUGCAGACCAUCCUGCAGGCACUGGGCGCCAACCUCGAUGUCUCCGCCGACUUCUACGGCCGCUUCCACUUCACGCUGGAGGCCCUGGUGAAUUUUUUCCACGCUGAGGGGCAGGGUCUGCCCCUGGAGAGCCUGAGGGACGGAAGCUACAAGAGACUGGAGGAGGAGCUGCGCCUGCACCAGUGCUCCACCCGCGAGUGCAUCGAGCAGUACUACCUGGACAAGCUCAAGCAGAGGUCGCUGGAGCAGAACCGGUUCGGGCGCCUGAGCGUCCGCUGCCACUACGAGGCAGCAGAGCAGAGGCUGGUGGUGGAGGUGCUGCACGCGGCGGACCUGCCCGCCCUGGACGCCAACGGCCUGAGCGACCCCUUCGUGAUCGUGGAGCUGGGCCCGCCACACCUCUUCCCGCUGGUCCGCAGCCAGAGGACGCAGGUCAAGAGCCGGACGCUGCACCCCGUGUAUGACGAGCUCUUCUACUUCUCUGUGCCAGCAGAGGCGUGCCGCCGCCGCGGCGCCUGCGUGCUGUUCACGGUCAUGGACCAUGACUGGCUGUCCACCAACGACUUCGCAGGGGAGGCGGCCCUCGGCCUGGGCAGUAUUGGUGGCAUCACGCGGCCCCAGGUGGGAGGGAGCACGAGGGCCAGGCAGCCUGUUACCCUGCAACUGCGGCGGCCCAGAGCCCAGGUGAGGUCCGCGCUGAGGAUGCUGGAGGGCCGCAGCAGCAAGGAGGCGCAGGAGUUUGUCAAGAGACUCAAGGAGCUGGAGAAGUGCAUGGAGGCGGACCCCUGAGGCCUCCUGAGCCCCCGAGCUGCCCCCAUCCUGCCCUGCGGGCAGCUCUGCGCAGGCAGGGCUCCUUCCCCGACCCCGCCAUGUCAUGUGCAUGCUGUGGCUGGCCCUCCAGCUCCUUUCUGCCCUGGCUGUGUCUGCGUGGUGUGUACCGUGAACCCCUUGCUACCAGCAGCACCCCCAAUCUGGGUCUGGGGGCUCACUCGGUGGGGCCUGGCCAGCAGCUGUCCCCCUGGAUGCAGAGCAGAGCACGCCCGGCCACCAGGACCUGCUCCACGCCCGGCACCCCCACAGUCCAGACCCUCCCCAGGCAGGGCCUGCCUCACUGGAGACUGAGCGUCGUCCCCUCCUCCCCCAAUUCCCUGGCCAAGUGCAAAGAAACAAGCUCACACCGGGAUGUCCUUGGCCUGCAGCUUCACUGGGCGGGCUCGGAGGCCCCAGAGCACAGCCGUGUCAGAAGCAUGGGGAUAGAGUCCAGUGCCACGAGGGCUGAGGCUGCCAGGCCUGUCUGUGUCCCCACGAGUCCUGCUGUAUCUUGAGUUCCUUAUUGCUCCGUCGUGAAGAAAUACACGUGUCUGCAAACUUCA